GCACAAAUAUGGGAGCAAGAACUGCACUAGGAGUAGGAAAUUUCCUUAGGAAGUUUGCUAACGUUAGAUUAGGCAAUACUCAUUGUGUCAUUAGUGUCCAAGGAAAAAAGAAUUAUGGAACAACAUCAGGAGAACAGAAGGAAUAUGCUUAUGAGAUGGCGUGUUCUAAUAUACGAUAUGGAGAAGGUGUCACCAGAGAAGUUGGAUUGGAUUGUAAAAAUCUGGGUGGAAAGAACAUUUGUGUUAUGACAGACAAGAACUUGGUUAAGUUAGAGUCAGUGAAAGUGGUCUGUGAAGCUUUGGAGGAUGUUGGUCUGAAGUACAGUGUGUAUGAUAAAUGUAGAGUGGAGCCAUCAGAUAAAAGUUUCAAAGAUGCCAUUGAUUUUGCCACCAAGGGUAAUUUUGACCUGUUUGUGGCAGUGGGAGGUGGCUCUGUGAUGGACACAUGCAAAGCUGCCAAUCUUUACUCCUCUAACCCAAAGGCAGAGUUUCUAGACUAUGUUAACGCCCCUAUAGGGAAGGGCCUGCCUGUCACUCAUAAAGUCAAACCACUAAUUGCUGUGACAACAACAGCGGGAACAGGGAGUGAGACCACAGGGACAGCUGUGUUUGACUUUUCUGAUAUGAAAGCAAAAACAGGUAUUUCAAACAGAGAAAUUCGCCCCACACUUGGUAUAGUUGACCCUUUACAUCUCAGAACCAUGCCAGAGAGGGUGACAGCAUAUAGUGGAAUUGAUGUUCUAUGCCAUGCUGUAGAAUCCUAUACUGUAUUACCAUACUAUGAGAGAGUCCCUCGUCCAACCAAUCCAAACCUUCGCCCUGCCUACCAGGGUUGUAACCCGAUCAGUGACAUUUGGUCCAGACAUGCCCUACAGAUAACGAACAAGUAUAUCAAGAGGGCGGUGUAUGAUGCCGGUGAUAUGGAGGCUAGAUCCAUCAUGCAUCUGGCCAGUUGUUAUGCAGGAAUUGGAUUUGGAAAUGCUGGAAUUCACAUGUGUCAUGCAAUGUCUUACCCAAUCUCUGGUCUUGUUAAAUCCUAUAUGUCUAAAGGUUAUGAUGAUGACCAUCCAAUGGUGCCACAUGGUCUCUCAGUCAUAAUAACAGCACCAGCUGUGUUUGAGUUCACGGCCUCAGCCUGUCCAGAGCGCCACCUAGAGGCAGCACAAUAUCUAGGUGUGGAUAUAACAAACAAGAGGAAGGAGGAUGCUGGCCCUGUUCUCGCUGACCGACUGAGACAGAUCAUGCAGGACCUGGAGAUGCCAGAUGGACUGUCUAGUCUGGGAUACACAAAGGAUGACAUUCCUAACCUAGUCAAAGGAACAAUGCCUCAGCAUCGACUGACAAAGCUGUCCCCCCGACCUGUAACAGAGGAGAUAGUAACAGGGCUGUUGGAGAAAUCCAUGAAAAACUACUGAGUGGUAGUGCACUUCAAAAGCACUGCAAACUUUUGAUACUGAAUGACAGGGGCGGGAAAAUGUCAGGGUAAUGGAAGUCUAGUGCUGUGACCAUUUAUAAUAUGUGAUUCCAGAGGACCAAUCAUGCUUCAAAAAUGAUACCCAUGAUUAAUUGAUACAUGUAUAUAGAAAAAUGACUUGAUAAAAGUGUGAAGAUUUAGAGAGGAAAUAAUUUGUGAUUUCAGCUAUGCAGACUGUGCUUCCAUUUUCAGUAACCUUUAUAAUGAUCUGUUUUAAUGCAUGCUGGAAUUUUUAUGGAGAUUUAUGAUCUUAUACCAAUAUAUUUUUAUGAUAGAUUGAGCUACCUAUUAGGGAGAGAAGCAUGAAUAGAUGCUUUCAUAAUUGUGCUUGUGUAGAUUAUAUUUUUGUAUUGGAUACUUACUAGUUUUUAACAUAUUACAUGUAUAGGCAUUAUGCAUUGGUUGUAAUUUACAAUUUACCUCUGCAGAUCCUCUUUGCAUUUAAGAUUGAUAGAGGCAAUUGAAUUGUAAAUCAUUCUUCAAAACUUUUUUUUUUUAAAUGUUGAUUGACGUCUAACGUGUUAGAGAAACGAAGUAACAAAAUAUUCAUGUAGGAGUGAAACAGAGUGCAGUAAAGGGAGGAAGACAAUUUCUUUAAAAUUUUUAUAUUACAUAUAUAUUGAUUUAGAUGAAUGAUCAUGCAAUUCUGAACCUACCUGGUAAUUGUUGGUAUGUGGCAUUAAGAUACAUGUAAAUUAACACUUUUUCUUCAAGUAGUGGCUGCUUUAAUGUUCACUGAUACUCUGAUAAGAGAUCUAAAUAAGAUAGAUUUCUAUUAUUCCUUUAUAAAUUUGACAAGUUGAAGUGGUAUUUUUUUGUCCAAGUUUCCCCCACAAGCUAAGCUAUAAUUGUUUGUAUUUCACUUUUAAAAUACUUUUGGGGGGGGGGGGGGGUCAUAAGAGUGACAGCAAAAUUUUAUUUGAGAGAGCAGAGGAUGCAUGAACCUUAAAGUCAUGACCUUGGUGUUGGUUGUAUUUUAUGAAUGCCAAUCUGUAUUAUAAUGUGGUAGAAAUAAUCAGGAUUAUAUAUUUUUUCAGUAUGUAUGUACAUAUAGGGAAAUAGAUCUGUUGAUUGGAGAUAUUUUAGGGAUCUGUAGACAAAAGAAGUGAACAAAUCUUGGGUGGUCAAAGCAAUUUGUGAUUUUUCUAGUCUGUAUUUUACAUGAACAGCUGUUUACAUGAUAAAAUUGAUUAUAAUUUUU